UCUCAUCCUGGGUGUAUUUUACAAACGGACUGGAUGUGAGUGGGUGAGGAGUGAGGAGCUGGGGUGACAGGUGCCUGCAACCCCAGCCAGGCACUGCCUCCUGCGAUCGAAGGGGCAGGGGGAGACAGAAGCUCCUCAAGGGGGUGUGGAGAUGGAGAAGCCAGACCCCAGGUCGGGGGUGCGUAGAGCUGGGGGCUCAGGGCCACGGACCCCACCUGGCAGUGGCCCUGGCCUUGCCCACCCACACUGUGUCACCCCCAGUUGUUAAAUACUCAGAACGACUCUCCACCCCUCCCCUCGAGGCCACCUCACCCUGCAGCUGGGAGGAGGGAGUGGUCAGCGUGGUUGCCGAGACACUGGGUGGCCUUUAUGCUGUCAACGGUGGCCUCAGAGGCCUUCUGGCAGGAGCCCGGGGUAUCCAGGCAGACAUGCAAACCCUCAGGCAAGAGGCUGCACGGCCCUGUAUCCCCUCGGGGACCCUCGAGGCCAGCUUCCCAGCACCGCUGUACAGCGAUGACUACCUGUCCCUGGAGGGUCCCCGCUGGCCACCAGCCAUCAGGCAGGCCACACGCUGGAAGUACACGCCCAUGGGACGGGACGCAGCUGGCCAGCUGUGGUACACAGGCCUGACCAACUCGGACGCCUGGGAAGCCUGGUACAACCUGCCACGGGCCCCGGCCAGCCCCUUCCGCGAGGCCUACAACCGCUGGCACAGCUGCUACCAACACCGUGAGUGCAGCAUGCCAUCGGCCUACACCCAACACCUGCGGGAGACCGCCUGGCAUGACCCCAUCGUCCCUGCCCAGUACCAGGCCCCCAGCACCCGGUGGGGGAGUGCGCUGUGGAAAGACAGGCCAAUCCGGGGCAAGGAAUACGGUGAGGCUAGGUGCAGGGUGGGUCCCUGGGAGGCCAGGGGGACAAGGCCACCUAGGCCAGGGUGGAACUGCCCGGGGAGGUCCAGGAGCCCCUUGCUGGCCAACGGCGAGGAGGUGGGGGCACAUGGUGACCCGAGUCCCACCUACAGUGAUCAACAGGAACCGGUACAGGGUGGAGCCACUGUGGAGGGCAUCAGACUACGUGCCCUCUCUGUCGGCACCCCAGCGCCCGCCCGGCACCGCCCAGAACUACCGGGAGUGGGUCCUGGAACCAUACUGCCCCUCCACCUGCCAGCGGUCCCCGCCUUCCCUCACACCCACUCCCCGAUAAACGCAUGCUGCCAGGAUGCACCCACUGUCUCUGCACCCAGAUGAGGGGGCACUAACCUAGUCCCAGGGGACCAGAGGCUCGGGACAGAGGCAGACACUGGGCUCGCCGGCCGCCCACAACCAGGGCAGGGCUGAGAUGCCCGGGCUACCCCUGCCCAGAGCCCCCCCCCAGGCAGACAGGAGCCAGGCUGCCGUCAUCUCUUUAUUUGCUGCCAGCAGAGUCCACCAAGCCUGCCGGGCAGCCCUGCUGCCCACCACGGCGGGGUCCAGGCCCAGCCCACCACCCCGUGGCUGAGUCUCCUCCAGGCUCCAGCCGUCCUGAGGGGGCCCUGGCAGUGUCUGGAGACCCCCAGGCCGGAGGUGAGGGGUGAACUGGACUGAGCUCAGGGUUAGGGUUCCCCCAGACCCUUCUGGGAUUCCUACUUCCUGUUCCCUGCCGAGAGGGGCACCCCAAAUCCUCCAGAGGGCUGGGAUGGAUUAGAGUUGAGAAUGGGGUACCCUCAAAAUGCAGGGGGUCCUUGCAAGUCCCUGGCGGGCAUCCCUGCUGCCCUCACCCGACCCCACCCCCGGGAGCUGGGUGAGGAUGGAGGGUGGGGGUCCAGAGAAGAGUGAGGGGCAGUGGGGGCUUCUCCCCAAGGCCCUGGGGGGCAUCCUCGUGCGUCCCCACAGUUCCCUUGCACAGGUGCAGAAGGCUGUCAGGAGUCAGGGCCGGGCGUCACGGUCCCCUGCAAGGGAGGGGUGGAAAUGGCAUUAGAGAGGGUGGGUCAGUGUCUGGGGAGGGAGGGGUGGGCCGGGACUCACAGCGUCGCAGGCGGAUGGGCCACAGCAGGAGGCUACAGAGACACAGGGCAGCGGCCACGCCCACGCCGCCUGUCACAGCCACCAUCGCCCAGUGGUAGAAGCUCACGCAGGCCCUGCAGCAGAGCUCUGAGCUGUGGGAGGAGGCGGGGGAUGAGUAUGCACCGCGGGGACGCCCUGCCCCCCCCCCCCCAACCCAAGCUGAACCUGUGCCUCCCCUCACACCCGACAGCGGCUCCGUCCUGUCCAAGCCAGGAGCUGGGGUCCCUGCAACUCCCUCCCUCCUGUCCCACACCCAACAGCUCGGCCAGUCCUGUUGGCCCUGCCUCCAGCAUCCAUGCCAAAUGCACCAUGUCUCCCCUGUCUCCUCAUGGUCCAGCCCCAGCAUGGCCCGCCUGCACCCGCCCCGUCCCCCUCCGCCCUGGUCCCAGGCUCCAACCUCUCCCCCAACCAGCUGUCCUCCCGGCAGUAACCACCAGAGGGCGUCUGUGAGCGCCUGGGUCAGGGCCUGUCCCUCUUCUGCCCACAGCUCUCCAUGGCUCCCACUGUCCUCAGGGUCAAAUCCCCUAAGUCCUCCCCAUGGCCCACCAGGCCCUGCACGACCUGCCCCGUCCCCUCCCUACCUUCCCCUCCUCCCUCUACUCCAGCCACACGGGCCUCCUCCCUGUUCUUCCAACACAACACGCCAGGUGUGGUCCUGCCCCAGGGCUUUGGCACUACUUAUCCCUCCCCAUUGGCCUGGAAUGCUCUGACGUCCUGCAGGCGUCAGGGCCACGUCACCUCCUCUAAGAAGCCCUCCCUGGCUUCCUGCCCUGGCUGUCCAGGCUUCUCUAAGCGUUCACCUUUACACACCACCCACGCCGGGCCCAACCACAUGUUCACCUCUGUGACUAUUAACACGGCUGGCUCUGCCCCAGGCCCAGACCAGCUGUGGUUUCCAGGCCCUGGGCCUCUACAGGCGUGAAUGCUGUGAUGCCGUGAUCUAGAACCAUCUGUGUCUGAACCCUGAGUUCUGUGGGUCUGGGUUACACGGACUCGGGGCUCCCUUCCAGCUGGGCCCACCCCCGAUAUAUUUCUGUACAGUGUCUUCAGCACUGCACACAUGGACCCAACGUUUGUUGAGUGAAUAAAUGAAGUGCUCAGUGGAAGAAAGGAAA